AGCGGCGUCCCCCUCCACCUCCCCUCCCCUGGCGAUAUUAACACGCAAAACAUAUGCGCAUAUAUUUGCAUGCCUAAUGAGGCCGGGCGCGCGGCGAGCGGGGCGCUGCGUCCAAGAUGGCGGAGCGCGGCGGCAGGAAUAGCGGCGGCGGCGGCGGCGGCGGCGCCGUCGUGAGCGGCAGCCUGGACAAGAGCAUCACCCUCCCGCCCGACGAGAUCUUCCGCAACCUGGAGAACGCCAAGCGCUUCGCCAUCGACAUCGGUGGGUCGUUGGCCAAGCUGGCGUAUUAUUCGACGGUGCAGCAUAAAGUGGCGAGGGUGCGGUCCUUUGAUCAGUCCGGCAAGGAUGCAGAACACGAAUCGCCGUAUGAAAUCUCAGUGCAGGAGGAGAUCACGGCCCGGCUUCACUUCAUCAAGUUUGAAAACGCCUAUAUCGAAACCUGCCUGGACUUCAUCAAAGACCAUCUCGUCAACACAGAAACGAAAGUGAUCAAAGCCACGGGAGGUGGUGCGUACAAAUUCAAAGACCUUAUUGAGGAGAAGCUGGGACUGAAGGUAGAUAAAGAAGAUGUCAUGACCUGCUUAAUAAAGGGGUGCAACUUUGUGCUGAAGAAUAUCCCUCAUGAAGCAUUUGCAUACCUGAAGGACGUGGACCCGGAGUUCCGGUUUCAGAUGAACCACCCAAACAUCUUCCCCUAUUUACUGGUCAACAUUGGCUCUGGAGUGUCUAUAGUCAAGGUGGAAACGGAAGAUAAAUUCGAAUGGAUUGGAGGCAGCUCGAUAGGAGGCGGGACCUUCUGGGGCCUUGGAGCACUGCUUACAAAGACCAAGAAAUUUGAUGAGUUGCUUCAGCUUGCUUCUAAGGGGCAGCAUACAAACGUCGACAUGCUGGUGAAAGAUGUGUAUGGCGGAGCCUACCAGACGCUGGGGCUAAGUGGAAACCUCAUAGCCAGUAGCUUUGGGAAAUCUGCCACCGCAGACCAAGGGUUUUCCAAAGAAGACAUGGCGAAAAGUUUGCUGCACAUGAUCAGCAACGACAUCGGUCAGCUCGCCUGCCUCUACGCCAAACUCCACAACCUGAACAAAAUCUACUUUGGGGGCUUUUUCAUCCGGGGACACCCGGUCACCAUGCGCACGAUUACCUACAGUAUUAACUUCUUCUCCAAGGGGGAAGUUCAGGCCUUGUUCCUGAGACACGAAGGCUACCUGGGGGCCAUUGGGGCAUUCCUAAAAGGAGCUGAGCAGGACAAUCCCAACCAGUACAGCUGGGGAGAAAACUACGCUGGCAGUUCUGGGCUCAUGAGCACGUCGCCCGACAUCUGUCCCAUGCAGCGAGAAAGGAGUGGCACGUUUGACAUGUUGGAAAUGGACCGUUUGGAGCGGCCGCUGGUCAACCUGCCCUUGCUGAAGGACCCCUCCACCUACGUCCCCGAUACGGUUGAUCUCACGGAUGACGCCUUGGCUCGGAAAUACUGGCUCACCUGCUUUGAGGAGGCCUUGGAUGGGGUUGCCAAGCGUGCCGCCGCCAGCCAGCCAGACUCGGUCGAUGCAGCCAAGCGGGCGGAGAAGUUCCGGCAGAAGUACUGGGAUAAACUCCAGACGCUGAGACAGCAGCCCUUUGCCUAUGGCACCUUAACCGUCCGAAGCUUGCUGGACACCAGGGAGCACUGCUUAAACGAAUUCAACUUCCCAGACCCCUACUCCAAGGUAAAGCAGAAAGAAAACGGCAUUGCUUUAAAAUGUUAUCAGAAUGUAAUCGACGCGUUGGAUUCGCUGGGCUGGGAGGAAAGGCAGUUUGCCCUGGUGAAAGGGCUCCUGGCCGGGAACGUCUUUGACUGGGGCGCCAAAGCAGUCUCGGAUGUCCUUGAAAUGGAGCCACAGUUCGGAUUUGAGGAAGCCAAGGAAAAAUUGCAAGAACGCCCGUGGCUAGAAGAUUCCUACGACGAGUGGCUGAAACGGCUCAAGGCUGCUCCUCAUAAAUGUGCCUUAAUUUUUGCAGAUAACAGUGGCAUAGACAUCAUUUUAGGCGUCUUCCCCUUUGUCAGAGAGCUUCUCUCUAGGGGCACAGAGGUGAUCCUGGCUUGUAACUCCGGGCCGGCUCUGAACGACGUGACCUACAGCGAGUCCCUGAUUGUCACGGAGAGGAUAGCAGCUGUGGAUCCAGUCAUCCGAUCUGCCUUGAAGGAAGAGAAGCUGCUUUUGGUACAGACGGGCUCAAGUUCACCAUGCCUGGACCUCAGCCGCCUGGACAAAGGUCUGGCCGGCCUGGUCCGGGAGCGGAAGACGGACCUGGUCCUCAUCGAAGGGAUGGGGCGGGCCAUCCACACCAACUACUAUGCAGCGCUCCAGUGCGAGAGCCUCAAGCUGGCCGUCAUCAAGAACUCCUGGCUGGCCGACCGCCUGGGCGGGAAACUCUUCAGCGUCAUCUUCAAGUACGAGGUGCCCCUCGAAUGAAGCGGCGGCGAAGGGACUUCAAGGGGGUGAGCACCGGCAGCGUUGGGGGUGGGCUGCCCACAAAGGACUUGCACUAGUUCGACUUUAAUUGUAAAGAAUGUAUUUUUAUUACCACAGGGGAAAUGAGUUCACACAAGAUUCCGUAUUUAUAUUGUGCUUUUGUGACUUAAGAAAAGGAAGCAACAAUAUGAUGCGUUUAUAUAUAUCUAUCUAUAUAUAAAUACACCUCUUAAGUGUUUAUUUUAAUGCUGCAGUAUUUGUGAUGGGAAGAGACUUUUUUUUUUUUUUUUUGGUUCCGUGAGACAUUCGUAUUGAAAUAUUUAAAUGUCAAUGAAAUCUCUUUUUAUAUUUUGGCCGAAAUAUACACCAGCCAUUGGCUUGGCUCAAACCAAAUAGAGUUUUACACAGCUGAAAGGAA